AUGGCGGAGGGCGCCAAUCAGAGGCCUCGUGGCCGUCCACCAAGCUUCAAAAACAAACCGAAACUAGCAGUUAUCCAAACCACCAGAGACGGCGACGGCAGCAUGAAAGCGACGGUGCUGGAGAUUGCCGCCAGCGGAACAUUUCUGGGUUCAUCAGUACCAUCAUCAUCAUCUUCUGCUAAUUCUUCUUCUUCUGGUGGUUCUUUUUCUUCUGGUAUAACUCUUGCAGAUCAACAGGGACAUGUGUUUGGAGGGGUGGUUAGCGGUAAAGUUAUGGCGGCGACUAAGGUGAUAACUCCAGCCCAUAUGGAGGAGUAG